CAGUCUAUGAGUGUAAAAGAUUGCACUACAAUAAUAAUAAAAUAGUAAAUACAGUGUGCAAUAUCGGAAGUGGCAUAAAUGGUCCACAAUACGUUGAUACAAUGACAGAUUUUAUAUGUAAAUAGAUAAGUACGUAAAUAAAUAAGUAAAAAAGUAAAGAAAUUAUUCUCGAUACGGAUAAGUAUUAACAAAAGAAAGGUGUUAUACAUUCAAUUUAGCCGCUUAAGAAAAGUUAGUAAGCAUGGAAGAAAAACGUGGUUCUAACAUAGUGGAAGAUGAAGAUCUAGAAGAAACAGAGAAUAUAAUAAUAAAUGAAGUUGAUGGAUUACCAAAUUUACAUCCUAAUUACCAGCAGUUGGGGCUUGAGUUUGAUGUACAGAAAGAUCAUAAUGAUUUAAGUACAAGGUCUAUGGAAGAUUUAGUACAUGAUGAAGAUUUGCCAACCUCUGUCAUUGUAACUAAUGUAGACCCUCGAGUUUUUAAAAGUGAUGAAUUGAAGAAAGAAAUAGAGAAUCUCUUUAAAAGAUUUGGAGAGGAUGCUACAUUUCAAUAUUUUAGAUCAUUUAGAAGAAUGAGAGUAAAUUACAGUUCGCCAAAUGCAGCAGCAAAUGCCAGAAUACAGUUACACCAAACACAUUUUGGUGAGACCGAUAUCAAUUGUUAUUUUGCACAACCUGUUACUCCCAUAGACAUAGAAGAUCAACAUCUUCAACCACCAGCUCUCACUAAACAGUUCUUAAUUUCACCACCUGCAUCACCACCUGUUGGAUGGGAACCCAGAGAAGAAAACGAACCUUUAGUUAAUCAUGAUUUAUUAGCAGCUAUAGCAAAUUUAUCUGCAGGAGGUAGUCAUGAAUUACACCCUGGAGGUUCAGGACAACCAGGCAUAGUUGUUCACGUUUGCGAAACGACAAAUCCUAUGAAAACCGUUCCACGUAUUCAACAUACACGUUGUCCAGAACAUUCGUAAGCAAUUUAACUAGAAAUAUUGUCCAUCCUAUGACAAUGAAUUAUUUAUCCAUCCAGCAAGCAAUUAGAAGCAUUACAGACAAUGAUAUUCAACAUUUAAAAAUUUGUUAUUGUCAUAUUGAAAAAUUGAUAUUUCAUUCAUUUGUGAUAAUAAUUAUCACAGGAAAUGAUUUGUAAAUGUUUUUUGCUCAAAUACAAAUAUAUGUGAGUAUUACAUGGGAAUGAUAAAUGUGGGAUAGAAACGUAUUUGAAUAUUUUGUCACAAAAAAUUAUUUAUUUUCAGAUAAAUCAUGUUAUUUCAUGCUGGUAUUGCAAAUAAAAAUAUAUUGUCAAAAACGUGAUAUAACUUGACAUAACUUAAAAAUCAUCGAAUACUUAAUAAUGUACAAAUAAAAUAUUAGAAAAACAAUUUCAGGAUAGUUUCAUAAAUUUUGUAGUGAUUCUUAUAAUUCUUCUGAUUUGAAAAUGUGAUUGAAAAUAUUAGAUGCUUAUUUGACAUUUAAAAAUUAAUAAAACUAACAAUACAGUGUCAAGGAUAAACGGUAUUGAAGUUAGCAAUAUCAAAACUAUUUCAAAUUGAUGUCGCAGAUAUUCUUAAAAAAAGAUACAUAAAAAUUUAUGAUUGUAGAAGAAAUAAAUAGGAUUAACUUCUUGGUCUAAUAAUUGUUUUGAAAUUUGAAAAAUAAUUAACUUGAAAAUACAGAUUUGUAAACAAAUAGGUAUAUGUGCGCUAAAUUUAAGGGCAAUUAUAAACCUUGAUGUAUAUUUAAUGUACAUACAUGUUAUUAUGAAAGUGUACCAUGUAAACGAAAAUUAGCGCUGUUAAUACUACUCUUGAUUAUAGUUUAAUUAAUUAAUAUUCAAAUUAAAAAAUGAAUAAUUUCGUUUCUUUUUUAAACAGUGUUACAACUUUUUGAAAUAUACACAUCGGUAAAUAGACAAUUAAUAGCAUUGUUUUAUUUGAAAAAAAAUUGAAAUUAAUUGUAAUUGGAAAUAUUGCAUAUUAUUCGCAAUGUAUUAGUGUUAUUAUUUUAUUGUAACAGUGAUAUUUACAUAUACAUGUACGUAAAUGUAUAUAAUGUUCUCACUCACAUGAAAUGUGUUUCAUAUUGAUGUAAAAUUUAAUCUAUUAUAGAAUCUGAUAUAGAACUGUUGAAAGUUUAUAAAUAUGUUAUAAUAAAUUACUUUUGUGUGAAUAAAUACGUUAUUCAAAGCUUGUCUUGUGUGAAUGAAUGUUAUACAAAGUAAAAAAAAAUUUAUUAACGAUUAUUUAUUCCGUUGAGAUUAUACGUAUCUUAAAGUUUGAAAGAGUGAUGUUUGUAAGAGAAUGUUAAUUUUAACGAAAUGAUUCUCUUAAAGAUAUUUCUGGGAAGAAUGUAAUGAGAUGCGUCAAAAAAUAUAAAAAGUUCUUUUUUAAUUCA